AUUUUCGCAUUUCAUGUAUCAAGGUUGUGAGGUACACCGACCCAAUAUGUACUAUUCUGUUUCCUGUUCUAUUUAUUUUCAGACGGAACCCUGUGAAGAUCUAACAUGGAGAUGCCGGUUUUGGUCACUUUUCUCAUAUUGCCAACGACGAGAGGUUCGAGCAAUUAUUUGCAGAAAAUCGUGCUCAGUGUGCAAAUAAUUUGGCUUAGUACUCUGUUUUACUGUAACAUUAAGCUUCAGAUUCCCCAAACUCUUAAUACUUUUCAAAUAUAUUCUAGACGGGUUCUUAUACUUUUUCAAUUAAUUGAAUCUUGUUUCAUUGUUCUCGAGGACAAUUUACACAAAACUGAACUUUGCUCUCACCCUCUAUGCGUCUCUUCUUCUUCUUAUUAUCUCUCUCAAUUGUCGAUUUACGAUAAACCACGCCAUCUCUGUUAUUUUGGAGUCUUGUUAUCAUAUACAGAAAUACACAAAUAUAAAUAGUUUAUUUACGUGUGAAAAUAAGUUCAUUUCGAUCAAAAAGACAUGAGUGGGACGAAUCGAGUUGCCGCCAAUCUGAACAUGUUGUUCACUAAUUUGCCAUUGCUGCAAAGAUACGGAGCAGCCGCCUCCGCGGGUUUCAAGCUUGUCGAAGUGAGCAUUCCUUACACGGAGCCAGCCGAAAAACUUCGUGAAGCAGCUGAUGAGUAUCAUCUUAAACAUACUUUGAUCAAUGCACCGCCCGGGAAUUGGGAUGACGGAUUUAGAGGAUUGGCUUCUUUGAAAUCGGCGAAAAAGGAGUUUAGAAAGAGUUUGGAUACUGCGAUUGAGUAUGCGAAGGCUCUUGGAUGUUGUAGAGUUCACGUAAUGGCUGGAAUUCCGAAAUCGGAUGAUGACUUGGAAAAUGCUCAUCAGACCUAUUCUGAAAAUGUGCGUUUUGCCGCCGAAAAGUUCAAGGAGCACAAGUUGAUAUGCCUCAUUGAACCAAUCAAUAAGUACACUAUUCCUGGAUAUCACUUAAAUAAUUAUGAAGAUGCAAUGGAUGUGAUCCAAAUGGAUCAAUCGAAUAAUUUGAAAAUUCAAUAUGACACAUUCCACGCUCAACAAAUCAACGGACAAAUUGGAGCAAUUAUGAGAAAGCUCAAAGAUUAUAUUGGCUAUAUUCAAGUGGCUCAAGUUCCAAAUAGAGGUGCAUGUGAUACACGCGGAGAAAUCGAUUAUCAUUUUAUUUUCGAUGAAAUCCGUUCGAUCAAUCCAUCAUGGGUUAUUGGUGCUGAAUAUUUGGAUGCAAAGCCUUCAUUCAAUUGGAUUGAGAACAUGUCUCUAAGUUUUUGAAUUACCUGUCUUUGUAAAUUCGCUCCAUUGAUAAUUUUUUUAAAAUAACAAUACAUAUUUUUCAAAUAUAUAUUAUUCAUA